AUGAACACUAUUGAAGAUCUGCAGCAUCGUAAACGAAUCUGUGGUACUGCACCUACUUUGGAGGAUUUGUUGAACCCGAUCAAAGAAGAUGUGAUUGGCCAUACUGGCCUCGAGUUCCCUGGUGGAGACGACGAGAUUAUUGCAGAAGCAACUUGGCAAAUGAUGGAUAAUACUGAAGAGGAUCUUGAGGAUGAAGUUGAUGACUUAUGGGAGCCAAUACCACCAAAGGAGGCCCUGGAUUUGUGCGAACACAUGGAAAAGAAUGUCAAGAAUUACUUGAAUAUACAAGAAUCAUUCAGAACAGUGGGAUGCCCCACCCAACCCCAGCAGCCACCAGUGCACAUGCCCAGUGCACAUCAGCGAAUGCUGACAUGGCUUGAACAUGUGCGGAGGACACUGGAGAGCGCCAGAAGAGUGGAAAGAGGGCCGAGACAGGAAGCACGAGAUAGAGGCCUCAAUCAUCAAGCUGAUAGGUAUCAAGUUCGUAUCAACUUUGCUUGGAUCUGUUUGAAGUACAUGUUGAUCCUCCUUCCAGGGGUCACCAUACAUCCUUUCUAUAAAUCCACUCACAUGUUUUACUAA